GAAACCUCUGCGGCCUGGCAUCAGCAGCAAACGACGUCCAUGGAGAACGAAACGAAGCUGAGUAUUUACAGAGCCGCGAGGACGAUAAAGCGCAAAGAGAACACUCUCUACAACGCACUCAGAUCCAUAUACGAGGACUCCAUCUUCGUCGGCGAGAUCUCGCAGCUCUGGCCGGAACUCCCUCUCCUUGCCAACCUCCGUUGCGGUCUCUGGUACUCUUCCAAAUUCCACUCCUCUUGCUACUUUAAAUCCACCGACGGUCACACCAAUAAUUGGUCCUUCAACAUCUCGCGCCUCAACCUCCAUGUUGCCCUCCUUGCUGGACAGAAGGGAGGGUGUAUCAUGGUUGAUUCCACUCGAAGGGGGAAGCGGUUUCCAGACAGCAUGUCAAAAACAAUACCUAUUUGGACGUGUGUUUUGAAUAGGUCCAUUGCCAAUCAUUUGCACAAAAUUGGUGAUUUAGUGGAGCAGAAGUCUGUUGGUUGGGAUUGUUCCUUGCAUCUUCCUCUUUGGGUUUCUGACACUGAGAAAGCAGCUAUUGAAGAUAGGUUGGAGGGAUGGACCAGAGAGCUGGAUGAGAGUGGAGCUGACAUUGCAUCACUUGCAUUGUGCUUAAAAAAGCCUUUACGUCCUCUAUGGAUUUCUCAGAAAACUGUCAUCUGGUUAAAUGAAGUGCCUGAUCACAAUUCUUGGGACUUUACACCCAUUAUUCUUGUUUCUGCCUCCUUAUCAAGCGGCAUAGCUCAACAUAGGACCACCUCAGAGUUUAGCUGGAAUUAUAUUCCAGGGGCUGGAGAUGAUGAAGAGAGCUGGGCAAGGGGUUUAUCUCCUAAUCUUUUUUGGAAACAUGCCUAUGAUCUUAUUAAUUCAGGGCCUGAUUCAUGUAACCAGAAGGUAGCUGAUAUAGUUGAGAAGGAUAGGGUAUACCGUUCUCAAAGGGGACAUAAUGCCCCUCAGAUCACUGCCAAGGCCCCAGUGUCAGGGAGCUCAACACAAUUUUCUGAUUUAGAACCGUUAUCUUUGGAUAUUUCAAACCUUAAACUUAACACAGACUCUUCUGAUGAAUCUGCAAUAUCUUGGUUGGGAUCAACCAAUCUAGCUUUAGGUCCUUCUCAACUUGCCGCAAAUUUGUCUGAUGUUGAUUGCGUAUUGAAUUGCGAUCAAAAGUCAAUCUCUAUCUCUCUUCCAGAUGGUGAAGCAUAUUUGCAUCUCCCAAUAGUGAACUCAAAAUUGGAUCGUUUUUCCUUGUUUAACAAUCUUCCAUCUGCAGUUGGCUUUGCUAGAUUGAAUCUUAGUAAAGGGAGAAAACUUCUUGUUUGUUGUCAUAAUGGGGAAGACAUCAGUGUUUGUAUCUGCCUGGCAAUCUUGAUAUCAUUUUUUGAUGAAGGAGGAUCUUUUGAUGGCGGCAAAUCCUUCAGUGAGAUGAGUAUCACUAAGGCUGAGUUGCGCCGCCGCCUCAUAUUUAUCUGUAAAUUUGCAAUAAAUGCCCGGCCAUCAAGAGGAAACCUGAAGCAGGUCUUUAGCUUUCUUUGCAGUAAAAAAGCUACUCCAGUUUAAUCAAGGCUCUCUCAUUUUAAGUAAGCUAACUCGUAAGCUGUUUCUUUACAAUUCUUUAAGGGUUAGAGUUGUUGCUUGACCAAAGCUAGAGAGAUCUCCAGUUAAUGCCUGUAUGUUAUUUUUUAUUCAAGUAGAUUGUUCAGCUUAGUUAGAAAGAUAAUUCCAGAAAGAAACAGAAAUAAUGAAAAGCAUUUCUCCAUAAAACAAAUAUUGUAUGUUUAUAUAUUUUGGCCGGCAUUAUCGUAUGUUGUAAAAUCUUCUCUGGAUUUUGGAGGCUGUAUUUUAUUUGUUCACUUACUCUCUUUAAUCUUUGUGUAAAGAUGCAAAAGUUUAAUCUAAU